CUUGUCGGCCCGUUUUGCUCCUGUAUAAAACGAGAAGUUGGCGUAAAAGAAAAUACAGAUGGAGGAGGUCAACCGGUCCCGGUGAGUCUCCGCGACCACUCCUCGCCGUGUCCCGUCGCGAACCAUCUCAACCGGCGCCAUGCCCGCGCUUCUCGUGCUGCACCUCGCGGCCACGCUGGCUGUUUUGGCCCGGUCGGUCGCCGCCGUGGGACCGCUCGUCCGGUGCGAGCCGUGCGACGCCGUCGCGCUCCUGCAAUGCAAGCCUCUGCCCAAGGACUGCGCCGUGCGGGCGAGGGAGCCCGGCUGCGGCUGCUGCGUGACGUGCGCCCUGGGCCCGGGGCAGGCGUGCGGCGUGUACACGGCGCGCUGCGGCUCGGGCACGACUUGCCGGCACCGGCCGGGGGAGAGCCGACCCCUGCAAGCUCUGCUGGAGGGACGGGGAGUGUGCACAAGCGAGGCGUCCCAAAAACUCAAUGUCAUUCUCGUUCCGGCGCAAAAACAAGAACAUGGCCACAAUCAGGAGGAAGGAAACAAGACGGCCACAAUGACCAUGUUGCCUGGUUUAUCAACUGUCAAAGUGGGGCAGAGUAAAGGGGUAAUGGACACCAGACCCCCGUUACACAACAAGCUGAUCAAGAAAGAUCAUCACAGGAAGACUCACAGCUACAAGGUGGAGUCCGUGUCAGAGGGAGCCAAUAUGGAUAUGCACAACUUUUCAGUGGAGAACAAAAGGGAGAUGGAGUAUGGCCCAUGUCGGCUGGAGAUGGAGAGCAUCCUAAAUAGUCUGAAAAUCAGCAAUGAACUCAACCCCAGAGGCUUCCGCAUACCCAACUGUGACAGAAGAGGUUUCUAUAAGAAAAAACAGUGCCGUUCAUCCAAAGGCAGAAGGCGGGGAUAUUGCUGGUGUGUGGACAAAUACGGACAGCCCCUGCCUGGCUAUGACAUCAGGGAUCGCGAUGACAAACAUUGCCACCAGCGUGAGAGCCAAUGAGCGGGCAGAAUGGCCGGGAGUGGGGCAGAGAAGGAACAGAAGAAAGAAAGCAGGGAAGGGUUGACGCACAGCCUUUCCGACUGGCUCGGCAGCUACCUGUUCUGUACUGAGUUUCUCUCGCUCUACAGGAAUGAACAAGCUAAAAGCUAUGAACACUUGGAAAAGUGAGAAGUAUCUCAUCUGCACUAUUUUGUCGGGUGGGAAAGGGAGAGAAACAGGAGGGAUUUUUCCACUCACUUUAAAAUGACUUAUUUGUGACUGUGACCCCAAAAAUGCAGCGCCAUCGUAUCCACGUGUCUGUGAAUGUGUGCCCGUGAAUCUGCCCGAGCUAGUCUUAAAGUGUGGGUGCUUGCAUUACAUGUGUGACUGCACAGCAGCAUGUCUGUGCUAGAGGGGUGUAGGAGUGUGUUUUUUCCAAAACAUGCUAGAGUACAAACCCCAAAACCAGUGAAGUUGGCACGUUGUGUAAAUCCAAAGUGCAAAGCCAUUCAUCAACAACACCCGGAAACACUGCCGGCAUCGCUGGGGCCGAGCUCAUCUAAGAUGGACUGAUGCAAAGUGGAAAAGUGUUCUUUGGUCUUGACAAGUCCACAUUUCGAAAUGUUUUUUGGAAACUAUGGACGUCGUGUUCUGCGCACCAAAGAGGAAAAGAACCAUCCGGACUGUUAUAGGCGCAAAGUUCAAAAGCCAGCAUCUGUGAUGGUAUGGGGUAUUAGUGCUCAAGGCUAUUUGGGCACUAAUAAACUCUUCAUUUAACAUAAUGUCAUUUUUUGCUGCUUCAACACAGCUCAAUUAACACAGAAAAAGGUAAAGUGAAAUAACUUAGUUGUUACUGUAGGUCAAUAAUGAUUGUCUUUCUCUCAGACAGACAGGGCUUUGCUGUCCGUAACACACGCACACACACACACACACACCGCAAAAUGAGCUAACAUCACGCUAAAAGUUACACCCAAGUACAUACUUGCCAACCUU